AUGGCCGACUCGGAGAAUCCUGAGUCUCCUCCUUCCCCGCCUCCUAAAGAGCCCCUCCAGCCAGAGAAGCCCGAGGCCGUUGCGGGAGCAGGCGACGAAUCACAGACCAAACCGGAACUUUCAUCCACAUCUGCAGACAGCGACAUGUCCCCAAAGGGCGACCACGCGCGAGGAGAAAAGAGCAAAGCUCGCGGUGAAGGAACUCGGUCCUAUAGCGCCGUCGUCUCUGGGGAGUCGGACCAGAAGGAGAACCAGAACUUGCCCAAAUCCAAGGACAAGGUUGAUGUGCCCAUCAAAAUGGACAUGGACAUCAAGGGUGACCAUGCUGACCCAGAUGCCAUGGAUUUGGAUAGUUCCAAGACGACGAUGGAGAGUUGGGACGAUGCCCCUGCCUACCAGGCGCCGCCAGCUGCCAGAACCACAGGCCUGCCACCGAUGGCUGAGGAGUUUGAAACACCAGACGAAUUUUCCGGCUUUGACAGCUCCAGCUUUUCUCGUCGCAAGGAAGACGCCAAAACACAAGAGGAAAUUGCUCGUCUGCGCCGCCACGUCAACGAUCUUCACCGAAAGAUCAGCAACAUCACCACGGACAAGCAGAUCGCUGAGGAGAAGGCCGAGCGCUUGGCCGAUAGGGUCAACUCCCUGAAGGAGAGAAUGAGCUCCAACAUGACCGAGGUGGAGCGCAGCAGCGAGACGUUGGCUGCCAAGGUGGAAGAGCUCACCGAUGAGAACAACCUCCUGAGGGAGCAGCUCAACGAUGCGCAGUCGCAUAUCUUUAGCCUCCAGCCCUACCGCAAGGACUUGACGCCAGAGGAGGUCGGGCAGGAUUACGAAACCCUCGUUGAGCAAGUUCAAGACUGGGUUCAGAAGUUCAUGGACCCCUGGCUAGAGGACCACAAGGAAGGCGUCGAUACCCUAAUGUCCCUGUCCAGAAAGCGAACUCCGGAAGCCAACAAGUUCAAGAGGGUUUUGCACCAAUACCCCGAUCUGGUCCAUGCUUCCCUCUUCCCUGAGACGGACGAAGAUAUCCUCGCCUCCAUGAUUCUGCGAUAUCUCCACGACAACAUCUUCCAGGCUGUCUUAUAUGGCUCCAUCCACAACUAUGUCGAAGUGGUGAGCUUUAUCGAGAACAACAUGCAGGUGUCGGUUGAGCCCAAGCGAGACCUUUUCUCCGUGCGAUCAUGGACUGCCGAGGCCUACAAUGCCCUCCUCAGUGCGCCUCAGUUCAGAUCGCUCCGUGACAAGAGACGCAAAGAGAUGACGAUAGAACUGGCAGACAUACUCAAGAUUUUCAUUAAGAAGGACAAAUGGCAGUGGUUCUGCGAGAACUUGAGCGAUCGGUGUGUGGGCCCAGCGAUGAAGCUCUAUGAGAAGAUGCAGGUUUCGACACACCACUUCUAUCUCGACAUUAACCCGUACAUCGUGUGGGCUGGAGGAGAGCUCAGCGCCUCGCCUGAGUUUAUCGACUCGGUUCCGAAGCUCGAUUGUCAGAAUAUCCUCAAGAACCGGAAAGCAUUCAGCCUGGACAAGCUGGAAACGCCACCAUCCAAGAAGGAGCUAUACCACCGACUGCUCAACGUCUGCACCAUUGCACCAGCGCUCUACAUGCGUCAAAUUGGGCAGAGAGAUGCUAUCAAGGAGCCGAUAGUGGUGCGGAAGCAGCAGAUGCUUGUGGCCUGGGGACCAGAGGAGAAGCGACGGGCAUAUCGAGAGAAUGGCGAGCAGACUCUGGUGUCGCAUCUCUAUUCUUCUAAGAGCCUGGGAGAAGGAUGGGCACCGUUCUGGAAGUAA